AUUUAUUGUUUGGGAGUUAAGACGCUAGAAGCCUCUACACUGUUCGGCACUUUAGGGUGUUAUGGUAUUCGUACCCCUAAAAGCCUCCACAGACUUGUCACCAUGGAUGCUUCUUGCAAGUUCCAAUCUUCUUGCAACUUUGUAUCACCGGACUCAAUCCUGGCUCAAUUCUCCAGGUUCAGGUGAUAUUUUCGCAGUAUAAGACAACCUUAGACUUGUGAUAUUUUAAGUCUUGUGUUUUGUCCACUUGUGUGGACGUCCUGGCCUGAUUCUUAUCUGUCUCAGGAAUAAUCAACUAAUUAAUACCUCUAGUUUCUAUGAAAUUUCAUAUCCAGAUCAUCUCACACGUCUGGGUCUCAUGUUUCCUCUUCUUUCUUGACUACGAUCGCGUAUACGCGUAUAAAACUGUUCUGAUGUGUAUAUCAAGUUAGAAACUAACCUUGCGGAAUCCAUACGAGGUUGAAUAUUGAACCGACUUAUCCCAAGUCUACUGUAUAGACUGGAAUCUCUGGACUAUGACCUUGAGAAAUUAACAAUACAUAUGCAUAUACACAGAACUUGUCAUAAAAACUGCAUAUAUACGAUAAUAAUGGAGGGAGGGAGGAACUACAGAUUCACGACCACUUUCCACUCAUUUUGUGCACUACUAAUUUUCUUUAGUCUUAAUUUCCGCUACUCACAUUCAGAAAAGGAGUUUGCAGUAGGAGUAAUUCUUGACACGGGAUCCUGGAACGGGAGGAUGGUUAAUAGCUGCAUUAUGAUAGCAGCUUCUGAUUUUUACAAUAUAAAUGGUCACUACCAAACUAGGAUUGUUACCCAGAUCAUUGAUUCAAAGGGAGAUCCACUGAAAGCUCUGGAAGCAGUUCAAGAUCUAUUGAAAAAGAAUGUUGGUGCCCUAUUUUUGGGACCAGAGAUGUCUCUUGAUGGAACGCUGCUGGCCUUGCUGAGCGAAAAAGCUAAAGUUCCCAUGUUUUCUUUGGGUGGAAGCCUGACAUCCUCUGACGAAUAUCCUUAUUUUUUUCAGCUAUCACACAGUGAAGCACUGCAAUCUAAAGCCACUGCCGCACUUGUAGAAUCAUUUCAGUGGAAGACUGUGAACUUCAUAUGUGAAGAUUCAGAAUUUAAGUCAGGGGUUCUUUCUCAUUUGUUUGAAUACUUCCAAGAGAAAAGUAUCCAAAUUGGUCACAUAAGUGCACUUUCAUCCAUGAUUAGUGAUGAUGGAAUCCGUGCACAACUGAAUAAGCUUAUGAGUAUGCAAACAAAAAUAUUUGUGGUGCAUAUGUCACCUUCUCUUGCGUCUCGUCUUUUCUUAAGUGUGAAAAGUUUAGGAAUGAUGAGUGAAGGAUAUGCUUGGAUUUUGACUGAUAAGACAAGGAAUUUCAUCAAUUCUGAGGAACUCAUGCAACAAAUGGAAGGGGCAUUGGCUUUAAAGCCUUAUGUUCCACCAUCAAUCAAGCUGCAAAAUCUCACUUUAAGAUGGAGGAAAGAAUUUCAAGAUGAAGGCCCUUUUAUGAAUGUCAAGGAGUUAAGUCCUUCUUGUGUGUGGGCAUAUGAUGCUAUCUGGGUACUAGCAGGGGCAGUUGAAGGGGCGUAUACUAAACAAUAUCCAAAAUUAGCUGAAGAACACAGCUCAGAAUCGAAAAAAAUACUAAUGAAGGAAUUAGUCAAAACAAGGCUCAAGGGCAUCAGUGGUGACUUCCAAAUUGUAAAUUGGACAGUCUCACUUUUAAAGGCCUUUGAAAUAGUGAAUGUAAUAAGAGAAGGUGAAAGAAGAGUAGGGUUUUGGGAAAAGGGAGUUGGCAUUACCAGUGAAAUAAUGCAUUCAUCCCUGUCCAGUAAUGAUCUUAAAGUAAUAAUCUGGCCAGGAGGGUCCAUAACCGCUCCACGAGUUGCUUGGCCUAGAGGGAAAAAAUUAAGUGUAGGCAUUCCUAAAAAAAACAGUUUCACUGAAUUUAUAAGCCUGGAAUAUGAUAUUCACAGUAAUACAACUAGAGCACUGGGGUUUUGUGCAGAUGUAUUUGAAGCUGCUCUUGAGGCCUUACAAUAUGAAGUACCUAUUGAAUACAUCCCAUUUGUAGAUGCUAAUGGAGAAAGUAAAGGCACUUAUACUGAUCUCUUGUAUCAGAUUUAUCUUGAGAAAUAUGAUGCUGUCGUGGGGGAUGUAACAAUCACGAACAACAGAUCACAUUUUGUGGAUUUUACAAUUCCAUACACAGACAUAGGCGUUGGAACAAUUACAAAAGUAAAAGAGAACAAAGACAUGUGGAUCUUCACAAAGCCAGUUGGUGCAGAUCUCUGUCUCAUAACUGCUGUUUUCUUUAUACUUACUGCAAUUGUCAUUUGGUUUAUUGAGAAACCUUUUAAUAAAGAAUUUCAAGGUUCACUAUAUCAGCAGAUCGGAACAAUCUUCCUUUCAACUCUUUUUCUAAGCAGCAGACAAAAGUUGUCAAGUAAUUUGUCCAGAUUUGUGAUGUUCAUUUGGGUAAUUCUGGUUCUUAUAUUGACUUCAAGUUACACUGCAACAUUGGCUUCAUUGCUGACGGUUCAACAGAUUGGAUUAGCAUCCAGAGGAGCUAAUGUAGGGUAUCAGACUGAUUCCUUCGUUGAAAGAGCUAUCGCUAGUAAUUUAAAUUUUAUGGACUAUUCGCUUCGUCCAUACAGUUCAGCAGAAGAAUAUGCUGAUGCUUUGUCCAAAGGAAGUAAAAAUGGGGGUGUAGACGGUAUAAUUGAUGAGAUGCCAUAUAUUAAAGCCUUCCUUUCGAAGUAUUCUCCAGAUUAUGCCAUGGUCGAUUCUGCAUCUACCACCAAUGGCUUCAGCUUUGCCUUUAGGAAAGGUUCUCCAUUGGUGCCGGAAAUAUCAAGGGCAAUUGCGAAGCUAAGAGAAGAAGGAACCCUUGAUACACUUGAGAAAAAAUGGUAUAAUAAACCAUCAUCUUUAGUAAACCAGGAGCUACCGCCUAAGCCUCAAGUUCUCAAGGUUGAUAGCUUUGGAGGAUUAUUUGUUAUUGGUGGUGUAUCUUUAGGUUUAGCCCUUUUUGCAAGAAUAUUUUAUAUUAUUCGCAGUAAACUAAAUAUUUACAAUUACAUGUUUCAGACAUUAGCUAGUGGCAAUCUGGCCAUCAUGCUGAGGCAUAUGAUUUCCAGUUCAGAAUUGAAAGAGACGACGCAUGUGUAAUAGAAUAACAAAUGUACAUUCUUCGUUCUAUAGGAGUCCCCUUUACCACUAUUCGUGAUUUAGGAAUUUUAUACAUCUUCUCAGACUUUUACGUAA